AUGCUAAAGUCAGCAGCAAUUUGCUUGUACUUUGCAACGGUGGCCUGGCAUGUCAAUAAAUGCCUGGCGGAUCCAAAGGAUAGUGGUCGAUCCGUAUGCCUCUUGGACGAUCCUCCAAAUCAGUGCGGGCAAUUCUGCCUUACCGCUCUAAAGCCGAUGAUAAAUCACAUUGACCGGCAUCAAGACGAGUGGAUGAGUGCCUGUGGCGCAACGAAGGCGAACCAAACCCAGGGGAAGCUGGAACACAUAAAGAGUCAACUAUUAUCCUUGCAGUCAGGACAGAGCAAUAUGCAGGAGGCUCUUCGCAAAGUUGGUAGUUCCCUGGAAACAUCUUGGGAAAAGCUUAAUCCUGAGGACGUCAAAGCUAGACUGGAGAGGAUGGAAAGUCAGAGCACCGCUCAAAUGGAACUGCUUAAGGCAGUCAAAACUUCAAUGGAGGCCUCCAAACAAGCCGUCCCGCGGGACUUCGUGAAGGCCGGCUCCAGAUACUUUUAUAUCGAAGAUAACUCUAAGCAGAAUUGGUUUUCUGCCGGACAUACCUGUCGUAGGAUGGGUGGCUAUCUGGCUAGUCCACGGAAGGAAGAACUAGACGCUCUCAAUUUAAAAGCUGGCGUGACUUAUUGGUUUGGCAUUAGCGACUUGGCUGACGAGGGCCGCUUUAUAUCCUCCUUCAAUGGCAAUCCGGCUUCUUUUUUGAAGUGGAGGCCAAAUGAACCUAAUAACGUUAGAAACUCUCAGCACUGUGUGACCUUUAAUAAUAGGGGCAUGGACGAUGAUAACUGCGAUAAAAAAUUUAAUUUCAUUUGCCAGGCUAGCGAAGAAAAUCUUUAA